GUUCGACGGAUUGCUGGGGAAGUAUUCGUCACUUCCGGUUUCGGACAGCAGUUUCCGGCGGGCUCGUGCGCGUUAGGUCGGGCAGUUUCUCCGAGGCAUCCAGGAUUACCUCCGGAUACCACGGGCUGGUGCGCGCUAGGUCAGGCAGUCGGCGGGCAAAUUUUCACGCUGCAAAUC